CAUGGCUUUUGCGGAUGAACAAUAGCUGUCUGGUGAAUCAUGAAGUAGACCAAAUUAGUCUGGUAGCUUGCGCAUAGUGGGUGAAUAACGUGGAGAAUGAAGGAAAGAAGUAUCCUUCCACCUCUUCGUGACAUAAAUUUGAGUGAGUACUAAAUAUUCUCCAUGGUGCCGCAGGUCGUCUCUCCGGCAGGUGGUGCGGCUGCAGAAGCAGUUCUGAUAAAAAUGAAACAAAAAUCCGCAAGGGCAAACACAGCACACCAGCGCCGGGCUCCGGGCGCAACACCUUCUCCCGGACGAGGGCGCGGAAGCAGCAGCAGCGAAGCGAUGGAACAAUUACCACGAAGGAGGAGGACCACCACUUUUCUCUACUCCGCCUGCACGGCGACCCUGGCCGCAACAACUGUUCUGUCCAGGACUGCCGUUGCCACGGAUCAUGCGAGUUUAACGAAAAUGAAGUUUUCCUACGGGACCCUGAAUCCGGCGUUUGAUCCGGCCACUUUCGAUUACACGUUGUCGGUUCCGCAGUGCAACGGCGAGCCACUGAUGAAUUUGGGCGCCGACCUGGAAGCCUCCGCCGGCGGAAAAAUCAUGGUGACCAUGGGAGAGUUUGAGGACGACGGCAGCGCGGUGCUGUCGACCAUCAUACGGAGUAGUGAGGCCGGGAUGGGAACCGGCGACUUCGCGGGUGGCGACAUAAACGUCGCGCUCACGGAAGAGGCCCAUUCCGGAGCCGAACCGCUCAUGUACAAAGUCUACGUCACACCCACGCUCGACGACGAGAAACUGAAGAAAAAGGCCUGUGAAGCCACGGGGUAACAAGUGCUUAAGUAGAAAUCUUCUAGGCGCUCUGCAAAACAAUGAAUUCUAUUAUUGUUGACCCCCUAGCAGUGCGGCACUAGGUCUUGAUCAUCAAUAGACCAGGUGGACCGUGGCUUACGCGCUGGCGCACAAGAAAUAAACCGGCUACAGAAUCUACUACACUAGUAUAUGUGCUGAUCACUUUCAAAUUCAAACUUGCAAAAAACAAAAUCAUUGAAGAAUUCAACGAUAAUAAAUAAGGUCGACCACGACAACUAGUUCAACGAUCCCUCCGAUCACUUGUCCCAUCUUGCACGCCACACUGAGUAAAGGCUUCUGCCGGUGUAACGACGGCUUCGUGGGUAGCUUGCAAUUGCACGAUCGCACAUGGUUCGGGAAGUGUAUCAAGAGACCACCGAGGUACUUAGUUGUACUAUACGGAAAGUUUUGCUUCAUCGGGGGACGAAUCGAAAUAAAGGUAGCAUCGCUUCUAACAAAAAUAUGAUGUUGGUCGUUUUUUGUAUGCAAGAAGACUGAAUGAUAAAUGUGCGUACACUUCAUCAAAUCCAUAUGCUGAAUAAACAGUGGUGCGUGGCCGUGCCAGGGCACAUUUCCCUUCAGUUGUGGCCGGUGUCCGACGUGCCAAGAAGCAGCAACACUACUGGAGGACGUGAGCAAUUCGUGUAGCUUGGACCAGAUUCACUUGAACGAAAUGGUGUGGCACACGCAGAAGGGAAGCUUCGCCACGGUAUGAAACUGUCAUCAAAGUCAAAUCUUUUUGUUGUAUAGAUACUUCAUAAUCAACCAAUUGAAUGAUAUGCAUCAGGCGAACUACUACAACAGCAAGAAAAAAAUUUUGAAUUGGUACUUCAGUCGUGAGUUGUGCCACCCGAGACAUACAUGCUGUCUGGGAUAUGACGAAUGGAAUUUUUUGUAAGUGAUUACCACCAGCAGCAGCAAGGUGAUGCAGCUGAGCUUGAUGUGCCUUAUUCCGUUUGGUGAUGGUGGCAACGUAUGGCAAACGCCGACUAAAAUAAACGCAACGUUUCGACUCGUCCUCCGCACGCGAUCAGGUUCACCCCGACAUCAAGGAGAAACUAUGCGUGUCGCCAAUUUUAUCCAAGAAAAAAACAUUGUAGGUGUAAAUUUUUUGUGGAACAGCAUUGCAAAUUGGUCUGGCAUGACAACAAAAACCUGUCAUGCGCAGAUAGUACGUGAAAACGCCGGUUGAUGGACCCUACGAUGCAUGCGAAGCAUGACAGACGCAAUCAUCUUGCAUGUUGCGCAUCACAAAUUUACACUAACAACGUUUUUUUCUUGGAUAAAUUUGCCGCUGGCGCGUGGAGCUCGCGUGGAACUCCUUUACCACCUGCCAGUCCCUUAUCAAAUGCAAAAAUGCCUGGGUCUGGAAGGUUAGAACUUGUGAUGCUAAUUUUGGACUCUAAAAAAAUCUGUAUUGCAUGACCAGCAAGAGGAGUCCAGUUUGUACUACGCGGGGAGGGCGUUUGUCAUGCGGAGUAGGCAUCAGGAAGCGCUCUAGAAGUCUGUGAUGCUAGGUCGUGCAUUACAGACAUCCUGGGUCAUGCAAAACAUGCAUCACUAAUAGACGUGCAAAUGCGUCAUGCAAAAAAAACUAACGCGUCAUGCAAAACAUCCUGGGUCAUGCUUUAGCUAAUAGGCGUCCCCCUCGCAGCUCACCUCCAGGACUUCGGGGACCCCACUUUUCCAAGGUUCUUGGCUGUGGAUGGUUCCUCGAGGUUCGUCCGCGUAGUAUCUUAAGCCUGUCGCACUAUUCCACUUUCACCAGUUUCAACCCUACGGGGGGGAGGCCUGCAUUCCUCCUUACUAGACACCCUUGCUCCCUACUUCUCGUUUCCGCCGGUCGCGCAUGUGCGAUGUUGCCCGCUCGGAGUUUUCUGUUUUCCAUGCGACUCCGCAGCAUCCAAGUUUUUUUUUGGUCAUGUCUUCUUCAGGUUUUGCGCAUGACUGGGCACACUCACAUCCGAGAUCGCUGAGGCGGGUGGGGGGUCCGAGCCAAAAAAAGGUCUUUGUGUCGCUUUGGUUUUCUAGGUGCAAAACAUGCAUGACAAGUCUCAGAAUCUUCCAGACUCAGACACUUUUGCAUUUGAUAUCCCUGGCCCGGGCGCGAUUCGAAGAGGAGGUCCACUGGCGGGACCACACCUUGUCUCUGGUCACUUCCAAGCGGUUGAUUGAGGCGUUGCAUGCCUCCAAGGAUACCUGCCACCUGGUAACCCCGCACCAGAACGCCGCGUCCUCGUGUAUCAACGCUGAAUUAUAUAUGUGUCUACUGGGUCUGCAAGAAGGAUAAGAAGAACAUACUUAGUAACAUUUGUGAUUCUUACGUGACAUGUUGCCUCUAAGCACGAACUUUGCUCCAGAUGACCAUGACCGCUCAGACACAUAUAAUUUUGCAAGCCAUAUCGGUGAUGAUUUCGCAAAAGUUUCUGGUUACCGGCGUCGACCUGCGUUCGGACAUCACGAUUAAAGAGGCAGAGCUGGCGUUCCGGCAGGCCUUCAGCAAGAUCCUGCACCACCCGCUGCGGCGGCUGGACGUGUCGGUGGAACCGGAGACCUGCUCCAAGGACCCGGUGUGUGAUCACAACAUGUGCGGGUACGGGGAGUGUGUGCCGUGGAAGAGUCGAGAACCGCUGGACCUGACCCUCCUGGACGGAUCCUACAGUUCGCGGCACCCCAACCGCGUCGGCGACUACGGGUACCGGUGUUUGUGCAACGAGUGCUUCACGGAAACCAUUUCGGCCGGGGGGCAGCGCACCUGCGUCCGCGACAAGCAGUGCAAACCCAAGAACUACUGCGACCCCAACCCCUGCAACUGCGGCGGGGAGUGCAUCAGCAACCCGGAGGCCGCGGCGCGGGGGGAGCCGGGUUUCACCUGCAAGUGCACGGGCUUUUUCAGCGGGCCCACGUGCGACAAGCUCGAGUGCCCCACCGGGUUCGCGGCCGAGGAAACCUCCAUUUCGCAGGACUUGUGCCAGGAAACCUGCUCCCCCGUCGCGCAGACGAACGCCUGCGACCCCAACCCGUGCCAGCACGUAUGCAUUGCAAAUAUGUCUGGGUCUGGAAACUUGUGAUGCAAGAAAGGGAAUAGUGAACUCACUAUGAUGCGCGGCUGCCAAGCAUGACAAGUCUUUUUCAUGGUUCUGAGUUGCGUACUCCGCAUGAUGAACUGCGUUUUUGCAUGACAGGGGGGAGGAGCUCUUCGCGGCCAUGCAACACAGAGUUCAGAGUCAUGCCAGACUAGCAUGAUAAGUCUCGCAAUCUCCCAGACCCAGACACUUGCAUUUGAUAGCACGGGGGCACCUGCGAUCUCGAUCACGAUGCGCCCGACGGCUUCAAAUGCGACUGCCCGGUCUCGUUUGGCGGGAAACGCUGCGAGCACCUGCACUGUCCCGACGGGUUUGAAAUCGCAACCGGCGGUGACAUCUGCGUGCCGAAGAGUACUAGACUAAUUGACGGCUUUCUGGUGUUUUAGUUUUGCUUUUGGGUGAUGGAAAUAAAAUAUCAUGUGGCGAUGGUGACUUUGACCUCAAAGCAGCUGCUGUACCCGUCGUGGUCACAGAUAUUAUCAUGACUAUGCCCAUGAUAAUAAUUCAUUGAUGGCCUUGUUCAAAAUGAAAAUCAAAAUGAUGUUUAGUGGCGAGCGAAGAAGCUCCUGCUGUAGCACUUGUACAAGAACGACGUGAAAUAAACCACAUUCUGACAGACACAAAUCUUCCGCCGCCACCCAAGAACGACUGCACCGUAUGCGAGGAUAAUCCAUGCAUGAACGACGGCUACUGCCAGGUCGUCGACGAUGACUGCAACUACCAGUGCUCGUGUGUAGCCGGCUUAUCCAAGGAAAAAAGCGUUACAGUUACACAUUUGCAGUGAAUUCAGCAUUACAAAGUUGCAUCGCAUGACGAAGAAAACUUGUAAUGCAGAGAUCAUAAAGCAAAACACGAAACGAGACUCGCAAGCAUUUUGCGCAUGGCAGAGGCCAUCUGUCUUGCAUGUUUUGCAUCUUAGUUGCCGUGGUUCCUUCGGUGGGAUGAGCGUCCGGUGUUGCUUCGGCACUUUUGUGUUGUUGCAUUUGUGAAUGCGAGGGCAGUGGUGGACUGAGGUUGCUGGAGUCCUCCGUAAGGACGGCUCCAAGUUAAUUUCUGACUACUCCGCUUCCUUGUGCCUCUGCUUUAGUGCUAAUUUUUAGUGCUUUAGCUAAUAGGCGUCCCCCUCGCAUCUCACCUCCAGGACUUCGGGGACUCCACUUUUCCAAGGUUCUUGGUUGUGGAUGGUUCCUCGAGGUCUUUGUGUCGCUUUGGUUUACUAGGUGCAUGUUUUGCAUCACAAUGUGUAACUCUAACACUUUUUUCUUUGCAUACGGCUGGACCGGGGACUACUGCGAGACCCAGGAGGACGUGUGCGCUACCGCCACCUGCAGUUCGAGCGAGGUAAGUUUUUUCUAGUAAAGUGGCAAAGGAAAACAACGCGUCUGUCAAACUUUUGACUUGUUCUCUUUUUUUAUUCAAAGAAGAUCAACAUGUACAUGUAAGCAGCACGUGAUAGAAGGGUGGCACUGCAAAAGUAAGUACAGUAAUGCACAGAUCAUGAUCCGAUCCCGUCGAGCACGAGUGGUAGUUUCAUGAAAAAAUAAACGAACAGACCUGCACCCCGGACGACGAGGCGACGACGGGAUACGUUGCUGUUUGCCGCCGGAUUUGGGGGCGCGGCAAACCGGCGCACAUUUUGCGCGGACUUUGCCUCGCGGACUUUCUGGCCCAAUUUGGUCCGCCUCGGAGGACCUUCCCCCGACGGCACUACCUCGAUUUCAUUAGCAGCAUGGUCAAAAAUUAGGAGAGGACCCGUCAGAGGACCCGAGGGUCCUCUGUCGGGUCCUCUGGCCCAAUUUGGACCGCCUCGGACGGCCUUUCCCCGAUGGCACGGCCUCGAUUUCACCAGAGGACUUUACAGAGGACCCGUCAGAGGGCCCGAGGGUCCUCUGUCGGGUCCUCUGGCCCAAUUUGGGCCGCUUCGGAAGGGCCUCCCCCGGUGGUAUGGUCCCGAUUUGGCCAGAGGCCAGAGGGCUGUGCACAUGGACCGUCGAAGGGCUCCGCAGCCCUCUGAUGCGGCACCACGGACAUUGCGGCAAACCGGCGCACAUUUUGAAACGCACUCGGGUGCAGGCGCGCGACCUUCGGCGUGUCUGCAAGCGCGCUGCGUCAGUCUGUCUUAACUACACGGCCCGCAUUGUCCUCGCUUGGUUAUCAAGACCCCACUCGGUUGCAGGCCGCCACAUUUGCCGCGCUUUGGUUGUCAAAGCGCCGCUUUGACAACCACACAAACCACACAAGUUGGCAACUUGUAAGAACCAAGCCGAAGCAAGAAAUGUGCGUCGGUUUGCCGGUGCCCGUGCUCACCGCCAACGCGGCAAGGGCAGGGACCCCUAGCUAAGGCCGGAGCCUCUGGCGCAAGGGCGCACCCCGGACGACGAGGCGACGACGAGGCGAAGGGUCCCGGAUGCACCUUAGCUGGCCUCUCGGCCCGAAACUUUCCGCGGCUCAGAGAGGCCUACAAUUUUCCUGUGCGGGAGGCCCGGAACAACGUUUCCUGUCGGGGGACCCGAGCGCCAAAUUUCUUCGGGGCUCGGGUGCCUUCGAGAAAAGUAGUGAGAAAUCACUGAUUUCUCACUUUUGAAAAAUUCUCACUCUGGAGUCGGACUCCAAAAAGGUUUCCAGCCGUCAAGAUUUCGCGAGAGUGAGAAGUCACUGAUUUCUCACUUCUUUUCUCUAAGCCUUUCGGGAUGUGUAGGCGACUUCUCACUCCGAGUGAAAAAACCAGUGAGCUUUCACUUGGUUUUUUGAAUGUCUUCGGGAGGCAGCGCGAAAGCUCGCUGCGUGCGAAAAGUUAGUGGAGUUUCAUUCUCCCACUUCUCCAGCCUAUCCGUAAAAUAUAGCCAAUAGGAGCGGACUUCUUAGUCCCUUCCUGAGGGGACCUCUGGGCGAGCCCGAAGUGCAAAGCCAGCGCGCUUUCGCUUUUGUUGUCAGCGCGCUCGCAAAGUCAGCCGGCUUUGAUUGCCCCCCCAGGGGAAUUUGUUUUGUGCCGUCGAUCUUCGUGCUGCUGCAGAGGUUUGCGAAGCUUCAAAAGAACUACUAACUUACACUAGCGCGCCAAACUGAUCGACUUCCUUGGCGCGAAUUCUGUUUCUCGAAGGCGUCCGGAGAAAUUUUCCGGCGAAAAGGGGGGGGCUUUUGCAAGUCAUGCUUGAUUCCAGUCAACUUGAUUCCAGGAUCCAACUUGAUUCCAUGUAACUUGAUUCCAGUCACCAACGUGAUUCCAAGAAUUUGAGCAACUUGAUUCCUUGGACGUCCAAAAAUAAACGAACAGACCUGCACCCCGGACGACGAGGCGACGACGGGAUACGUGUGCUUGACUCGGCGCGGCCAUGCAGCCCCGGGCGCUCUGGCCGGGGAUCGUGCUAGCAGGGUUCCAGCUACCACGGCACCGCGUGGCCGAGGCCUUCGGUUCGGUUGUCGGUGGGAAAUAGAAUUCGGAUCGUGGCCGAAUUCUAUUUGGCCGGUGCCGAAUUCUAUUGGGCCGGCUGGCCAUUUUCUCGCACGUGCGCGAUUUCUGGCCGCCCGGCCAAAUAGAAUCUGGCCAGAGCCGCAAUGCUGUUGGUUGUGGGAGCCGUCUGGGAUGGGUUUGGGGUCCGGCUAAUGGUGGAAGAGAAGGGCGCGCCCUCCUCGUUUGUGUGUUUUGCGUGUGGCGCGUGCCUCCCCCGGUGGGCCCGUUUCUUUGCAUUGCGCCGCCGCAAAGCCCCGCGGCCAGCCACAGGGGCGAGCGACCAUGCAGUGGCGCCCCGGUGUGUUGCAGUUCCUGCCGUUUCGUUUCUUUGGGGAUGCAAAAGGCGGUGGGCGCGCGCCGGCAAUUUGCUCUGGCAGCGCCCUGCCAUUGGGGCGGCUGCGCUUCCCGCCGCAAAUUGGAAGGCGGCUUUCGGGCUAUUGGUAUGUCCGUGGGCCCGUGAUAAUAAUCAAUGGCCUGUGGGAGCCGUGACAAGGGGCUGCGAAUAUCUUGGCCCCCCCAUGUUGGCAAUUUAUUUGUCGGGCAACCUAUGGCCCGGGUGGUGCAUCUAUCAGCUGGGCGACCGCGCGCCGGUUCAAUUUGGUGCAACGUAGAAUUGCCCGGACAAUUGCAGGGGUGUGGCGACUCGCGCUCCAACAAUUGCUCCGCGCAUUGGGAGACUCCGGAUCUUCAUAGGUCCAAACGGUUCGCUGGGAGGGCCAAAACAGCCAUACCAAUCGGGUUUGUCGACCCUGCGUUUUUGCAUUUUGUCCAAUCAUAAACAGACCUGCACCCCGGACGACGAGGCGACGACGGGAUACGUGUGCGAGUCCCGCCGCGUCCGGCGCUUAAAUUUUGAGCGGUUCAUCAAGCGGCGUUCUUUGGCGGACGCCAGCGUGGGCAACUUGGAGGAGACCUGGGUGAAGGGGGGAUCCGUGCCCACGGUUUUGCCGUUAAUUCCCGGCGCCGUGGAGCCGCCCACGCCCUCGAAGUGCACCGUGUGGCAAAAAUCCAGUGGGCUCCGCUCGGCGGUGACCCUCUCCGUGAAAUGCCCGGAGGGCGACUCCGCCUGCCAGGACAUGGUUUCGCUGCUGGACACAAAGCACCGCUACGGGGACUGGGCGGACCUGGAAAAGUGGACGCGCAGCAGCUGUGUCGCGGCGCACGUCAACUCCACUAGUGAGCCGACCGAGGAACGCUUGCUCAGCAACUGCCCCAGUCAAAGUACUACAAAGUUUCUUGCACAAAAAAAAAGUCAGUUUUUUGUCAUUUUUUCCAUCGUCGUGCUGUGCCUGUGCAUGUUGGUUUUUCUUCCCAGGGCCAGGUUUUGCAUUGAUAUCGUUCACGCACAUCAUGUGGUCGUGGACAUACAUGUUCCUCCCCAACUACAAAUAGGCGAGAUGAGGAAAGCGUGGAACAGUCUUCACGGGACCUGCCGCUUCGCGGAGCUUGGGUUGGCGGACUGGGACGGCAGCGGCAGCGAGGUGGACGUGGUGAUCAGCGACGCGGGGGUGGAAACUGUGGACGACGUCUACCGCCCGCUGGUGUGCGGGUCGGGCGUCUGCCGGGCGAUGAUUCUCAAGUACUCGGAGCUGUUCAACACCUGCCGGAACUCCGCGCCCGGGGUGAUGGGCAAGCUGGCCCGGCGCGCCAAGGCGCUGAAGAACUUCGCCUCCUCGUGCAGCAACCCGCAGGGCGAGGCCGUGUUGCGCCAACAGCUGGCCGUCAACGGCCUGCUCGACGAGCUCUCGCAGGUCGAGCUGCAGCAGGCCGAAACGUUUGUGCGCAACUCCCUACUGGACCGCAUCGGCUCCACCAUGUCGGACCCCGACCAGCUCCUGGUGCUGGCCCGGCCGUCCCUGGACACCCUGAACACCAUCAACAGCCGGGUCACGGUCCCCACGCCGGCCUUCGCGCCGACCUUGCUUCCGGAGGACCGCAACGGCAAGCUGGCCACACCCUGUGCAGGGCUCUGUUUGGUGGCGACCCAGCCCGGGCCCGACCCGCACGCGAGCAGCGACUAUGCAUUGCAAAAGCAUCGUACUAGUAUAAAUUGCAUCACAAAUUAGCCCAGCACUACAAAUUGAAUGUGCAAUGCUGAUCUCCCUUGCAAAAGAGACUAAAUGCAAUUACUAUGAGUGCGAUGCUUUUGCGAUGCAUAGCGACCCCAGUGCCCACAUGUACGCCACCUUCAACCGACCCAUCAAAGCCGGCCCGUGCUUCACCGGGGCCUAUGAGUAUACUCUCUACAACCUGAUGUGCAACAUGGUUUAUCUUUAGCUUUAGCUUUUCGUGUUAUUUGAUGCCCGCGGCAUAAGUACAACGACAAACCAUGUUCAUGUGGACUAGUAAUAGUAUUGCGCACCUCACAGAAUGGCUUGGGCUUGUCCAAAGUAGAGCCAUUUUCUGAGGCACCAGUAGAGCUGGACGCUGCGUGUAAAAAUUUUCGUGAACAACAAUGCGGGGUCGACUUCGGCAGUGAGGUUGUGGACGAGAAUAAAAUAAUGCUUCGUCGGACAGUGUUACUAGUGAAAAUCAUUGCCGAUGUAUAAUCACAAAGCCUCUUCGGCGUGGCGACGUGCGAGGUGAAGUUCGAACCGUCGACGAUCGCGUCGGCCAAGAACACCCGCGUCUUGACGAAGUUGGACAGCGAGCUGGUGUUUUCCGGCGAAACCUUGGCGUUUCGGCCCGGAUUGCAGCUGGCUCCGUUCACGAACUACACAGUGACCAUCAGUGCGGUAGGGCGUUCUCAAAUGUUACAUUCUCACCUGUUACACGAAUUUGUGAUGCAAGAAUCGCAACAGUGAAAGUGGCAAGAUUGCUGAUUGCAGCUUUCGCAUCACAAAUUUUCCACAGAUUAUCACGCUGUUUAGCCCUUCGAAAAUUUGUCAUGCUAAGCACCUUGACCAAGUGGAGGCUGAUGCCAAUUCUGCAUCACAAAUCCGUGUAACAGUUGAGAAUGUAACAGUUGAGAAUGCCAUACGCGGGGCUGGUGGCGUCGAUCCAAGACGAAACGAUCGACGUGGACACGACCUACUGGUUUCUCACGGGCGCGCCGCGCGGGUCCUCGGUGUCCGUGUCCAUCGCGAUCGGGUGCUACGACGAGUCCGAGUGCUCCUCGAUCGCCCCGGAACUCCAGGCGAUUGCGGACGCCCCGGUAUCGAGCCUGAUCGACCCACUGACCAAGCACAUCCAGGAGUUCCGGUCCACGGUGACGCCGCUGCAGCUGCUGGCCCUGGAGAAAGAGAUUGAAGCGAAGACCGAGAACGCCCUGCUCGUCGCCCAGGGACUGCCCCCGGUGGACUUGAGCAAGACCACCACCCCGCCACCGGAGAUGGGCGAAACCACGGGCGCGCCGCUGGUCGUGACCACGACCACGACCACCACGCCCUUCUCCCUCACGGGCACGCUCUUCGGGAGCGACGACGCAAGCUCGGUUCGCCGAUCCCUGAAAAAAUCUUCUAUUGCAUCCAGUACUACUACUUCCGACAUGAACCGGAUGUUGAAAGAACAAGCAAAGAAGACCACAAAGACCACCAGACGCGGGGAGUUGUCGGCGAGCGAGCGGGCCCUGCUGGAAACGGAGACCCACGUCGCGAAAAUUCCGCGCGCGAUGCAGGGAUUGCAGCCGGGUUUGAACCACGCGCUGUUCGAAAAAGACGUGCGGAAGGCGACUCUGGCGCACAAGAUUGCGCAGUUGGAGGAUCUACGCAUUGCAAAAGGAAAAGUACCGUACUAGUAUAAAUAGCAUGACAAAUUUUAUCAGGAAGAAACUUGGAAUUUGUAAUGCAGAUUUGGGUAGGAAGCAAGAAGAUUUGUCAGGCAUACCUGCAAUUCAUACGAGUACGAUACUUUUGCACUUGAUAGGACCAGAACGGGUUCGUGGACGCGGCGUGGCACCAGAUUCGCCGCAGCCUGCAGGCGGUUGCGGGCGGGUCCGGCGGCGCCGCGACGCCCACCGCCAGCGGCGGCGAGCCCGUCGUGGAGGUGCGCGGAGAAAUGGUGGCCGCGUGGCUGCCGCCGAACACGUGGAUGUUCUUCGCACGCCUGGUGCCCUUCGUCUGUCUCCUCGCCGUCGUAUCAGAUGCAAAUAUGGUUGUGUCUGCUUUCCGGAAGAACCCUUUGGCUUUCAUCUCAGCUUAGUAGGUACGCUGCCCGGAUGAGAAGCUGCUGCAUUUUUGUAUGACAAAAGAGGUUCUACUUGCGACUAUUGUUGGUCAUUUAGUACAGCUUACGCGGGAAAUAAGCGAAAGUAAUGCCAGCAUUAGGCGUUGAAGUUUUCCAGACCCAGAGGACAACAUAUUUGCAGGGCAUACGGCGUGGCCAUGGCGUACAACGGUAACGCGGUGCAAUACUGGAUUCACGACGCGUGCGUCGUGAACGGCGGCUACGUCCUGGCAAACCAGAACGUGCCGCCAAACUUGGCGAAGCAAGAGUACGUCUCCUUUCUCACCGUGGACGUGCACUCCAUGAGUCGCUUGGUGCCCCCCCGGAUUUUGUGGCCGAUAGUCACCGCACUCGUCAUCGCUCUCAGCGGUGUGCUAGGCUACGUCCUGUGCUCCAUGACCGGUGGCAUGGCAUCAGGUACUUAUUUAAGUUCUACUGCGCUUAUUUGCUGGAGUUGUCGUGCUGUGGCAGCCCGACGUCUGCAGCUUUGGGCCUGCAGCUCCUGGGUCGCUUUGAAGUAUAGAGGUGGCCACGUGACGGACUACAGCAUUAUGUUGUGAUUUUUGAAUCCGACGAGGUACUAGUGAUAUUUUAUCAGGUAUUAUCGGUGGGUGCAUGACUAGUUUAGCUUCCGCCGGUGUCUGGGCGAGCUUCUCCGUCGCGAUUGCCACCUGGGUCUCCCCAACCUCAAUACCUUUCUUUCUGUUCCACAUGCGCCCGAUAAAAGCCGGAAGCCGAGUAGUAGUACCCGCCUUUGGCGGGUUCGUGAGGCCACGAACCGGGAAGACCGUGUGGACGCCGAGCGGGCCGUUCAACACGAAGAAGGCCCUUCCAUCUCCCGUGACUGCAGCAACGCCGACACACGGCUCACCACUGUAUAGAAGUCGGAAUAACAAUAAACUAAAACUUGAAUUCUAAAUAAUGUCUAAAUCCAAUUUUUGUGCCGCAGGAGAUGUUCAUUUUCGCAUAUACGAGUCUGCUUCUGCAAAGCAUAUUUAUAUACGCUCGCGUAGAAGCAACAAGAAAUGGUCGAUGCAUGCACAGCUAGUAUCCUAUCCAAUGUUGGUUUAUCAUUCUCGUUCGCAAUUUAUCAGAACGCCGACAGAGCCGCUGCUGACCGGCCUGCAAAAAGACAAGCAAGCAAUAGAAGAAGCCAAAUAUCACGGGAGCAACCAGUACGACAGUGAAGACGGGAUGGGAUUUGCAUGUAGGCAAGGACCACAUAGCGUGCCUAGGCCGUGGUGAGCAACAGUGUUCGUUGAAGAACACUUGGUGCUCGCGCAAGAUAUUGCAUGUGCUUGGUCGCCACAAAGGUAUUUGCUCGCCUUAAAAGUGCCUCCUCAUCCCCGUCUUUUCGCUCCCAUAGACAACACGUAGGAGGGGAACACGAGAUAGAACACUGGCACAAGCAGCAGGAAGUGUCGCUGUUCGAAGACGAGGAAGCCACGGUCGUGCGCAUUCCGAAGGCGCCGGGCGCGGGGAAGAUGCACCCCACGAGGAUGCAGGAACCCUAUCUGCCGGCGACAAACUCGGCGGAAAACGCGUGGCUGCUGUCAGUCCUGUGCGUCGUCUUCAGCAUGGUGCUGAUUCCUCUGAACGGAAUACAUCUGUAUGAGGGGCAGUUCUUCUGGAUCAUGAUCGCGACCAGCGGCAGCGUCGCCAUCACCUUCUUCGCGAAAGGCUGUACUAUUUUUUUUCGAUAACUUCGUUUAUGGUGAUAAGUAUUCUUGGAUACUUUCGUGGCGCACCCGCAGCUAAUCAAUGGAUCUUCGAUUACUGUUUGUGAAUAUCAUGCGGGCCAUUUUUUGGUGCUGGCUCCACAACCAAAGGGAAGCAUUUGUGGAGAAAACAUCCGCCUUCAUCUAACAUCACAGUCCUCGACGCGCUGCUGAAAACGCAUUGCAAGAAGGUGGUCGGCGGGCAUAGUGCGGCCGAGCUGUCAACCCACCAGGGGAAGAAGUACCAAGUGCUUGCCACCGGGGCGCAGCACUCCCCCACGAAGACCGGUAUAGCGAUGUAAGUCUGCGAGCAAGGGAAGACCGAGACAGGCGUUAAAAACGCUUUCUUCUUGCUCACAUUUUUUAGAUUUUCCGCGUCAACAUGAUAAUGCAAGACCAGUAAAUGCACUUGUGUGGUUGAUGAUUGUGACCUUCGUGAUGUUAAGUACUCAGAAAUCCGUAGAACAGGAGAAAUUUUUUCAUAAAUAGUUAAGCAAGGCUCCUCUGCCUUCUCAUGGUGUGCGAUGCAACAACAAGAACGGGCUAAAAGUUCAGUUAGCGAUUAUUCGUGGCACUUCGGAAUAAUUGAUGAAGAGGAGCUUGCAUGGCAGCAGACCAGCAAAUUCCCAGUCGCUGGAAAAGGACGUACACUGUGGCAUAUUACCCUUCCAAACCUUUUGUAUGUGAAGUACGCUAUUCCCGGUAGGUACGAACAAUUGUGUUGAAAUUUACGUGAUGCCGACUUUGAAGAGCUUCUUGUUCUCCUUACACAUAAGCUCUAGCCUACAAUCACGACCUAGGCACCCAUAAGCUUUCGAUCACGACCUAAGCACCCAGGAGAUGCACUGGGACUAGGCGCCGACGAUGCAUGUACGUGAAAUCACAC